GAGGCACGAUCUGCUGUCGGUUCAAUCAAAUCUGAAUCGUUGUCAGAAAUCCGAAGUCUGCGAGCUCCUCCUGAAGCAAUUCGAGAUAUUCUUCAGGCUGUACUGCUUUUUAUGGGUCCUCUCAAGAAGCAGUGUCAAAGACGAGACGAAAUAAUCAACUUUGACGCGCAUCGGAUCACAAGAGACGUUCACAAGAGAGUUACAGCCCUAGUGAAGAGCAAGGAGGCGUCAUUCGAUCCCAAGAAUGCAAAGCGUGCUUCGGUAGCUGCUGCACCACUGGCUGCUUGGGUGACGGCAAAUUUGCAAUAUUCCGAGAUUCUUGAGAAGAUAUCACCGUUGGAGCAGGAGAAGAAUGAACUAGUCAGCAAUUUGUCGAAAGCUGAGAAACAAAUUGAAAAGCUUUCCAAAGGACUGCUCACCGUUGACGAGAAAGUGGCUGCUUUGAAGGAAAAAUUCGAAGCGAAUACCAUAAAAGUGGCUGGUACGUUGGUCGAUCGACUGGCUGGUGAGUUCUCACGAUGGCAGAUACAAAUGCAGUCGUUAUCACAGGAAAUGGAUAAUGUGGAAAGAUGUGCCAUCAUCACAGCUGCGUUUGUUACAUAUCUUGGUGGAUGUUCAGAAAAAACUCGCAUGGAAGUGCUGAAAUCGUUCCAGCAGAACAGCAGUUUGCCCGAUUUUAGCCCUGUUACGUUCUGCGCCAUGGAAACGGAACAGCUGAAUUGGAAGAACCAUGGCUUACCUGGAGAUUCGCUUUCGGUGGAGAAUACUGUAGUGAUGUUCAACAACACCCAAACACCGCUGGUUAUUGAUCCGACUGGACGGGUGGCUGCAUUCUUGCAUUCUUUCAUUGACAAGUCGGAACUCCUCAGAGCUGCUCAGAAUGAUUUAUUCACACAGAUUGAAUUCGGAAUUCGAUUGGAUAAGAGCAUAUACGUUGACCGACGUUUCGGAUGGACGCUGCCCUUGUUCAUCUUCAGGAAGGAGUUUAUCAUCUCACGGGCACGGCAGUCUGAAUUAAGUCAACGCAAUUAUUAA